UUCACGUCUUAACCUGCUGCACAUUGGUGAACACAUAAAUAUUGCACAAUCUAUUCGCAUAGCUUAGGUUUGCAAUGAUUCAAUCAGAUUCACUUCAUCCACAACCUUCUCCACCACGAACAUUCUUCUGUUGUUGGGACUGGUGUAGACUCACCUUUUCAACCGUUGACGAGCUUGCUUCUCAUGUCAGGCAUGAUCAUAUCUGGCAACUUCAACCGAUGAGCAAAAAGGAAAUUGUGCGCAUGAGAAAGCAGGAUGCAGCGGAGGCUCAAAGCAUGACCGAGUCAUCGGGCAGCUCGGUGCCAGUGCCCCUUUCCAACAGUAGAUCACAUUUGUCAAGUGCCAAUUUUACGGAUCAAGGCUCGUCGGGUUCUCAGCCAUUCGCCUCAUCGCGAAUUCUGAGCGUACCCUCUUCAACGCCUCCUCCCUCCCAUCAAUCAUCUUCCUUUCUCCCGCCGGAGAAAACACCGCCACUGCCUGCAGUGCACAGAAUCAAUUUGCAUAAACCCCCUGCUGCUCUGCAGGCCGCUCCUAUCAGAGGACGCGAUUUCCCAUCUUUUGCUCAGUUGUCAUCACCGGCUGACACCUCAUCUAUUGCGUCUAUUCCGCAAUCACCAGACCUCAGCACGCUCUCAUUCCGCCCUAAUAUUGCCGCUCAAAUCGACUCCUUUGAUCGGCGACACAGUAGACUCAGCGAGAUUGCUCAGGCCCUCAAUAUGUCUCUGCAUCGUCCUCGCACUGAUUCGUCAAGCUCAUCGCAAGAUGCAGUAGAGCGACAGCUCCUACGGGAGGAUGUAGCGGAUGUUAGCAUCCAGAGCAUCCAAGCACCAGAGACGGUUCACAAUGGUGCAGCAGAAGGUGCAACAUUGUCCACCUCCGACGAUCCAGCCACCAUCAUUACGGGCAUGAUUGUGGACGUGGCUGACGCUGAUCUUCAGUGGCCUGACUCUGAACCUGAACACACUCCUGCUAACCGGCCUAGGCAGCUCUCUCCGCCGGCCGAAAGGGAGGACGUUGAGCGCAUAGAACAUCGCAGCUCUCCCGUUGUGACCCGAAAUGAUAGAGCAAGACACUUCCGUUCUGGCACGCUCCAUAUUUCGCCAUUGCCCAAAGACACUGCAUCAAAAUCAGCAUUUGGACCUUUCCAAUUGUCGCAAGACUCUCAGAUGACUUCCAAUUCGAGCCUUUCGCAGAACUCUACACAAUCCCAUUCCCUAGUGCUUCAGACACAAGCACCAUACCAGAGCCAGUCAUACGAGCUUUCACAAAGUUGAGGUGUAUUGUGUGGUUUUGUUAACAUCCUCCUAGAUCAUCUAGUGCUCGUUUUAGUUUGGACUUGUUAUAACGGUAGCUCAGAAUUGUG